AUGCUGCCGGACGGGGCAUCUUCGGAUCGGUGGAGGACUUUCAUCCACCGGUGUUUGUCGCAACGAGUAGAUGUCGAUGAAUUCAAGGAUCUAUCGAAGCUGAUGCUAAAUCGGUCUCCUGUCAAAGAAGAUGAGCUGCUGGAUCUACUGCUUGGGGCCCGCGCUGCGUCAAGCGUCACCUGGGAUCCCUUGUUGCCUGUUUAUGUUGACGGUCUCUGCAAGGUCGGCCAAGUCAAGCCAUCCGCUGCAUUGACAAGUCUCUUGAAGCAUUCGUCUAUUCGCGCCAAUGCGGAAUCUAAAUCCCAGAUUUCAACUCUCAUGAUCGAUAUCAAGGUCAUUCAAGAUGUCAUGAUGGCCGUCUCCACAGGUGCAAUCCCCAGGGCCGCUGCCGAAGCAGCAGAUCUCUUUGCAUCAACUGUGGAAUGGAUUGAUGCUGUUGUAUCAUGGUAUAAUGGAAGCCUUGAUAUAAUGCAACAGUCGAGUGGCUUGUUGAAUAACGCCGAUGCGGUCUCACUCUUCGAAUCGGUCGGCAUUCUGCUUGCUGCCUUAUUUAAUACUCCAAAGGGGAUAGACGCACUCACCAGCACUUGGAUCGAUCGCGCUCAUCAAGGCCUGAAAGUCAAGCUUGGCCAGGCUAUCACAUCUUACCUCCCAAUGUGUGUCGAUGUAUCAUUGCCUCUUCGUCACCGGCUGGAUACUCUCCAGAAGGAGUUUAAUUUAUAUGGCCAGCAGCCUUCCAAGCAGCUGGAUAAUCCCGAAAUCGAUGGCAUGGAUGUGAAUUCUCUGCAGUUUGAGACUUCCGUGAUAGAUGGUCCGAUAAUUAACACUAGAGCUGGGCUCUAUGUGUACCUGAACUCUAUGCUCGUGGGACGUCCCUUGGUCGACGACUCCAUCCUGAUCAACUUCCUUACCAAUCGUUAUGAGGGUCACCAAGAAGUUCUCAUCUCCGAGAUGAUCACUGCCGCCUUCGACGUUCUAUCCAAUGGUGUCAACCGCAAUGAAUCCGGCCGAACGAUGUUUUUAUUCCGCUCAUUCUUAGUGAACAAGCUCCCUGCACUGUUCUCGGCGAUGACGACGGCAUCGAUGGUCCCAAUCCCCAUGGAUAUGUGCAUUACCCAGGCCCUCAGCAGCAGUGUCCUCUCUGAUGCUCGUCAGGAGUUUCUUUUCGCCUGUGCAUCUCACAAACUGAUCCCAGAGUCGAGCAUAGAACGAUACCUAGGAGAAAAUCCUAUGCAAACCUUGCCUGUGGGCGGUCCAUACCAGAAGGAUGACCUCGUCCCCCAGAUACCCACCAACUUGGAACGGGCUGACCAAUUGAUCGGUGAAAUUGAGUCGAUGGAGGGUAAUGCGGGUGCAAUUGUUCGCGCUGUGACUGAGGUCAUGUAUAGUCUUUGCCAUCAGAAAGAAACGGUGACCCUCAAGGGUAUUUGCAACUCACUUUCGCGGCGCCCACAAGCAUUGGAUGUAAUUCUACUUUUCCGAACCUCAAAACAGGUUCUGCAACCUCUCUGUGCCUUGUUGGACAACUGGCACUGGGAUGAAGAACAAGGCGAGAACCAACUCGUUUACGACGAAUUUGGCAGUAUUCUAUUGCUAAUCCUGGCGUUCAAGUAUCGCUAUGAUCUGAGUCCCUCUGACAUCGGAAUCUCAAGCAAUAAUUCUUUCUUGUUGAAACUGUUCGACCGAGGUACCUGCAGUCAGAAGUUGAGCGAUCUCAGCGAGAAGCAGAACAAAGACCUUGGCUCGUGGAUUACAGCUCUGUUCAUCGCGGAGGGUAUCAACGAAGAGACUAUGUCGUCUUGCAGUCCCCAGGAAUUCUAUCUGCUCGUGGCGACACUCUUCGAUCAAAGUCUUGGGGCAUUGGUAGCUCUUGCUUGGCUUGGUAAUCACAUCUGGGAGUCCGAAACCGACCCGACAAUACCUCUGAAAACCCUUCUCUCCCUGGUGAAGCCCAGCUCAAUCUCUGGCGAGGCCCAAGCAAUCCAUAAGACAGUUCUCAAUAUAACUGCCCGCCCUCUCGAAGAGCAACUGAAAGAUGUUCGCACCAGACACCAAUCCAGAUCAGACAUCAAACCGAUCCUUGACGCCCUUGAACCAUACCUUUCUUUCCGACGCGUGGGCAGUUCGCAUCGCUCCGAGCUCGACAACUGGGCUGCACAGCCGGUUGGCGGUCUUCCAGGAAGUAUCCGCAGUACACUUCAGUCUCUUGUCCUUUGGAGUAGCAAUUCCGAGAUGGCCGUGCAGCCACAAUCCUACACACAUCGUCAAAUCCUCGCCGGAAUCCGGAUUCUGGGAUCAACGCGAGUACUCGGUGCCAUGCUCGACGAACUUAAACAACAAGCCGAGACAGGCAGCGUUGAUUUGGCGCUUGAUGUUGCGGCGACUAUUGUGUGUGCGCCGAUGGCCGAGUCUUUUGCCGUUGACCAGAAUUGCUGCCAACCUGUUGAUUCGACCAAGGAGGCGUUGCCUCGCUGCCCGAUCCUCACGCUUAGAGACGCGUUAGCGCUGCAACAUGACAAUGUCCCCAAGAUAUCAGAGAAGGACCCCGUACGGGCGGAAAUUGUUGUCAGGCUUUGGAGCCGUGUCAGUGUGCUGGCAGCACCUCCAUCGCAGGUCUCGAAUAUCGAUGUCAGCAACAUUAUCCAGAAUAUGCACCUCGGCGGUGUCGAUGGACAGGAUCGUAUGGAUCUUGAACCUACGGCCGGUGGUGUGAGCGGCCCUGGUGUCGGUGACGAUAAUCCAGACAAUAUCAGCGAUAUGCUCGAUAAAGCUGCUGCCGCUGCCGCAGCAGGCAUGGAUGGUGGUGUCGGUGUAGGUCAAGAUCUGGGUCAGGAUCUGGGUCAGGAUUUGGGAUUGAAUGUCGAUACGGGGAUGGAUACUACAGGGAUGGAUGCUAUUGAUGACGUGCUCAAUGCGGCGGAUAUGGCCGUUGGUAACCCAGAGUUCCUAGAUCUCGACAUGGAGGGGAUGUUUUAA